AUGAGCGACACAAUGUACUUUGGCGGCGUAGAAGGGGGUGCCACACACUCGAACCUGGUGAUCUGCGACCAUACCGGCAAGGUGUGCGGCCAAGCAAAGGGCCCUGGGACCAACCACUGGGCCUUGGGCAUCGAGACCUGCGCCCUGAGAAUCAUAGCGAUGCUCCGGGAGGCGAAAAAAGACGCGGGCAUCCCCUUCGACGUACCCCUAGACUCGUUGGGGCUGACGCUCUCCGGGUGCGAGCAGGACAGCAGCAACGCGGAGCUUGCCAGCCGCGUGCUAGAGAGGGACGGCAGUAGCGCGCGCGCUGUCUACGUCGCGUCCGACACGGCCGGCUCGUUGUUUACCGGAGCGCCCGAAGGCGGGAUGGUGCUGAUUGCUGGUACCGGCUCCAAUGCUCUCCUCCGCACCGCUGACGGCAAGCAGUACGGCUGCGGAGGCUGGGGCUACCUCCUCGGCGAUGAAGGUGGUGCGUACUGGAUAGCCCACAAGGCCGUGAAGACGGUCUUCGACGACGUGGACGGCCUCCGCCCCUCCCCCCACCCCACGGACAGGGUCUGGGAGGUGAUUAAGGAGCACUUCGGCGCCGAGACCAGGGCGGACUUGCUGCCCCACGCGUACAAACACUUCGACAAGUCCCACUUCGCCGGCUUGACGGCGAGGCUGUCGCGGCUCGCGGCGGCCGGCGACGAGCUGAGCGCGCACCUGUUCGCGUGCGCGGGCGCCGCGCUGGGCGCGCACGUGGCGGCGCUGUGCGCGCGCGCCCGCUCGCCGCGCGUGCGCGUGGUGUGCGUCGGCUCGGUGUGGCACAGCUGGGCGGCGCUGCGGCCCGGCAUGCUGGGCCAGCUGCGCCACAGGCAGGUGAGCACCGAGCUGGAGCUGGUGCGGCUGCGCGUCUCCAGCGCCCUGGGAGCGGCCGGGCUGGCCGCCCGCCACGUGCACCGCCACCUGCCACGGGACGACCGCGCCUUCUGCGACGUGUUCUACACCUACCAGCCGACGGCCACCGACGACGACCACCCCAACGACCACUCCAACGACCAUACCAACGACCACUCGAACGGCCACCCCAACGGCCAUCAGAACGGCCUCCAACGCGGCUGCGGCUGCUCCGGCUGGGGCGACUGGAGCCAG